ACUAAGCAUGAGAGUACAGGAUUUUCACCAUAUGAAUUGAUGUUUGGGAGACAACCUCGCUUGCCGCUUGAUUUGGUGUUCGGAUUGCUGAAAGAGAGUAAUCAGAAGGUAUCACAUUCACAGUAUGUGCAACAGUUAAAGUCUCACUUAAGAGAGAGCUAUGAAGUUGCUGUGCGUAAUAUGCAGAAACUCGCUGAAAGGAAUAAAGUUCGGUUUGACAAAAAUGUGAAAGAAUCUACCCUAGAUGUGGGUGACCGUGUUUUGGUGAGGAAUGUUAGAAUACGUGGGAAACAUAAACUCGCUGAUAAGUGGGAGUCUGAGGUCUAUGUUGUGGUGAAGAGAGCAGACAAAUUACCUGUCUAUACUGUUCGACCAGAAACAAAGGAUGCUCCGCUUCGUACUCUUCAUAGAGACCUGUUACUUCCUUGUGGAUUUUUGCCCAUUUCUGAGCCUGUAACUUUAGCUGAGCCAAAGUCAGUUUCAAAGGCAAAGACUAGGUCAACUCCUGAGGUACAAGAGCCAGAAGAGUUGAAUGUUAAUUCAGGGUUUGAUGAUGAAUCCACUGAUACUUUGUAUAGGACUUGUCCAGUUAAGGGAAUCAGAUUUGUAACUUAUCAUGAUUUGCCCAGACAAGAAAAUGUCUUCCCUGUUUCAACUUCUGAAAGUUCCUUACCUGUGCAUAGUACAGAAGAAGAGCCUUCACCUGAGAGUACAGCAGAACAUAUACCAGUUGAAGUUUCUGUUGGAAAUUUACCUGAUGUUGCAGAAUCUGCUGAGUUAAUAUGUCCCCCUGAAACCCCAGAGGUUGCUAAUGAGGACGAUAGUGCUGAAAGACAGUGUGAUCCAGUUAAUCAUACUUUGGUUGAAGACGAUACUGUAGUUUCAGAAACUCAGUGCAGACGUUCUAGUAGAGAAAGAAUGAAGCCGAAGAUACUUACAUAUCCAAGUUUUGGAAAUCCCUUAAUUCAAGUGGUUCAGUCCUUGUUUCAAGGAUUAAAUACUGCUUUUGUUGUGGCUUUGAGUGGUAUGGAAGAACCAAAUGAGCUAAUAGAGAAGUCUCAAAUAAAGAUUGUGUAGGGUUUGAGUUACCUUAAUUUAGGAUACGAGGACGUAUACCUAAUUAGGAGGGGAGAAUGUAACCCGGACUAACUUUUGUUCCAGGUUUACAAUUAUUUUUGCACAUAUUUAUAAAUAGUUUUGUUUAUUAUUGGAAGUUCAUGCAUAUAUAAUUGUUAAUUUAAAUUAAGUAAUUAAAAAAAAGAAAAGUACGUAGACGUGACGUAGUUGACCAAUGAGCCGCUUUAUGCGUUUUUUUUCUCUGACGAGGAAGUAGAAUGAGGAAACCGCGGAGAAAGGUUGCGUAGUUGAAGUAGAGCUCCUGAUUAAGGAAAAUAUACUUUACAAAAGUAAAGUAAAGAUUUUGUUUUUGUAGCGAUUCAAGAGGGGAGAUUUUGAUUGCUAACAUCCAGUUAUUAUUUUCGUUUCAAAGGAUUUUGUUUUUUGAGUUUCGUGAGGGAAUACUGGAUAUGGUCAGGUUUUUUCCGUGGAUUUGCGUUGGAUGUUUUCUUUGAUGGCGAGCCGACCGAAUCGAAUCUGAAAGGAGACCAAAGUUACCAGAACUGGAAAUUUACCUUUUCUCUUCAAAAGGAAAGGAUUUCAGAAGACAUUGUGGACAGUGAAUUACUGCUACGUCGUUGGAUUUGAGAUAAGUGAUUGACAAACGGAACUAAUCUCAAAAGAUUUGAACAGGUUUGAACCUACUCCGAAAGAGGAUUCUUUAAGGGAUAUAUUUUGUACGGUGAAUGUCGAUUAUAUAUCCGAAAAUUACAGUUAAUUCAUUGUGUGAGUAACAGAAAAUAUACCACCAAAGAUUCAUUUGAGUACUCAAGGAACCAGUGUUAUUUUCAUUUCAAUUUUAUAUUGGAAUCUGUUUUAUUUACGUUGUGAUUUGUUUAUUUUUUUCUUUUAUUUUGUUUUAUUAUUUUAUUUAUUAUGUUUUAUAUACUUAGGGGGUAAUUUGAUUAAAAGUAUACUUGCUAUAAAACCUGA